AACACUUUCAGUUUCCACCGCACACUGGCUUCGUAAACGUGUCUUAUGCAACACGCGUCGCCGCGGCCCGCACUCGUAUGACACACUUUUUACCGAAAACCGGCUAUCUAAAUAAUUGUUAACGGAUUUAAAAAAAUAAAGAUUAAUUAUUCUUAUGUAAUAGUAAAAUAAUUCUCGUUUCAUGUUUUGAACUCUCGCAAUUUUUGACAGAAAAUCGAUUAAAUUAUUCGCGCCUUUUCGCCGAAGCGCAUUACGUUUCGAAAUUCAAAUUUCGUGGAAGAGAAUAAAACUACCAGCCAGUAAUAUUUCAUGUAUUAUAAAAAAUUGUCGUGUUGUCAUUGGUGUAAUUUUUUAAAUUAACAAAAAUGUGUAGAACUCAUUGUUUUAUUUUUCGUUCUUUGGUGUGAAGUGUAUGUUCAGUGAAGUUACAUUUUGGAGACACCAUCUGUCGCAAAGGUGGAGGGCGACGCGAGAGCGAAGACGCGGGACGGUGCGCGUGCGGCGACCGACGCGUCCCGCCUGCGCCGCCCGCGCCCGCGCCGCACCCCCUGCGUGUCCUGGAUGACAUGCCUCCUCCGCUACUCAGGUCGAACCCCCUAUACACCGAGGAAGAAGAGCAAGAGGUAGUGAUAAUAGUGGACUCGUUAGAAGAGGCCGUGGAGGGGGAAAUGGUGGAUGCCCCCCGCACCCCGCGCCGCGCCCCUUCCACUUCAUCAGGGUACGGCAGCGGCGGUGGAAGCCACGGCCGCGUUUCCCCAAGCUUACCAAAGACUGAGUUCGCGGAACCGCGUCUCUCGGACUCUGACAAGAAUGAUGGAUCUCACACCACCUCCGACUCUGACAGUCCAGGCUGCACCUUGUCCAGGAGUCUGAAGGAGGACAUCAGGUCGUGCCUAGCCGGUUGCAGAUGGGAGAAAGAUGUCGGCGACGUGGUAGAAGCGGCGGUGCGGGGCGCGGGGGGCAUCAGCGCGGCGCGCGCGCGCCUGCACGCGGCCCUGCUGGCCCUGCACGAGCCGGCCCGGGUCCCCAACCGGGGCCCGUCGUUGCCUUACUGCGGGCCUGGAGUGCGACCCGGUGAUGUCACCAUGAUGCCCAAAACUACUGAGAUGUCUUUGCUGGCAGCCAGCGCACUCUUCACCCUUGACGGGGCGCGAGGCGAGGCCUUAUCUCGACGACUGGCGCGAGGCGAGCGCCGCCGACGGCAGUGCAAGGUCAUCCUUGCCGUCAUAGCGCUGUUACUGCUGCUGGCGGCUGUUGGAGCUGUGGAACUCCUCAUGUCUAAGGGCCAGAGGGUCUUUGGCGCUGUUCUUCGGUGAAGGGCACCGGGCGAACUUGAAGGAAUCUCCCGAGACACGCUGGACUGUGAAACGAGUUCCACUGCAUUCUUCCACAAGGUCUCCCACUUUUUGUUGAAUUUAUUCGUGACGCAAAUAGUCAGAACCCUCUUAAAUUAUUUUCUGUUUAGGCCUUGAAGGGAUCAUUUGACCAAGUCUAAUCAGAGAAUAUUUUUUCAUUAAAAAGAGUGUUAGGAUCUUGGAUAUUUGUUUGCAGGUUUUUAAAGCUAUGAUGAAUAAAUACGAAAAGGUACCUAUUUCAUGAAAUAAUUUUGUAAAGAAACAUAAUAAUGAAAAUAUCAAUCAGAUUAAGUCAAGCCAAGGAACAAAUAAAUGGUGAAGAAUCUUCCUUAUUCUCCACCAGAGCAGGGAGGAAUAAACAACGAAUAGAAUUGCAAUUUCAUAUUUACUUCAAUUUUUUAAUACACAUUCUCUGCGCUCUGUCAGAAUUGACAAAACAAGUAGAAAAAAAAAAGUAAAUCAGAUCAGGCAUAUUGAUUUUUUGUGAUGAUUUUUCAUGUAGUAUCUACAAUCUGUUAAGAAAGAUGAUAAGCGCCCUGUCUCCAGUUGGCCGGCAACACUGGGUGUUUAUCAAUCAAUCUUGACCAUUCUACUUGGUGUUGCAAUGGCAAAAAUAUGUAGUCCGACAAAAAUAAGUUUUUUUUUCACUUCUUUGACAGACUGUACAGUACACAUAACAUGUACGUAAAUUAACAAGUGUGUUUUAUUAUUUUAAGAUCUAUCGAGUGGAUUUAAUAAAUCAAAUAGAUAGAAACGAAACAUAAGGCAAAAUUGUAUUUAAAUCAUUAUCGAUUAAAUAUUUAAAAUGUAAAUAUUUAUUUGCUUUAUAAGAGGUUGAAAAUGAUAGCAGAAAUAUGUGAGCCUAAACUCAGUUUGAGGCUUGAAAAUAAUUAUUUUUAUUUUUCAUUUACUUAAUUACUUAAUUUUAGUGGUUCUUCAAUAUAUUAUAUAAACGAUUUGAAUUCCACUAUCGAAAAAAUAUAUAAGAGUUGUGUAAUAUUUUCUUAUAAUUAACUUGAUUCUUAUUGUAUUGUAAACGAAUAAUUAGGUACUAAGAUGAUAUACACAUUCGCCCGUUCAUGUGGUGCGUGGUCCCGUCUUAGAAUAGGACCACUCCAUAUCUUCCUGCGGAUGUCGUACAAGGCGACUAAAGGACACAUAGCCUUAGAAGCUGAUGGGCAACAAUAGCAUUCCCAAGAAGGGUUGAUGUCAGUCAGGCGGCCGGUCGUAAAAUGACAACCAAAUCUAUGGUCUACUCUAUAUGCUGAACCCGGGUUUUGCAGAAUCGCAGCCUCGAAAGCUACCAGAAACAUGCGAAGAUGAGAGAAAGAGACGGAGGUAGUUUUAAACAAAAUACAUUUCAUGUAAUUGGUUCGUUACUACGUCUAUAGACGUGAAUAUCAAUGAUAAUAUUAAAGCCAGUGCAGAGGAGUUAUAUUUUAGUUGAAAUAAGGAGUUAUAUUUUAGUAACAUUUAUACUUAUAAAUGUUUCGCAUAUUUAGUAAAUUUUGAUAGUGGGAUGCAACUCGUUAUGUUAUGGACAAUUAUAUGUCACAUCAAGUUAUUGUAAAAAAAAACAUACAUGAUUGCUUUUUUUUAUUGAUAGGUUAUUAUUCGGGGACAGGGUACAUACUUUAUCUAUUGUUUUUUUACAAGCUUUUUUUUGCUAAAAGAGUCAGAAUGUCUUUAAAUAAAUAAUAAAAAAUGAAAAUAUUUAUUACAAUGAUACUUCAAAACAUACAAAAAUAAAAUAAUAUCCCAACUAAUACUAUUCAUGCGAAAGUAAGUUUGUUUGUUUGUUUGUUACCUCUUCGCGCAUUAUCGACUGGACCGAUUGUUAUGAAAUUUGUUAAACGGAUAGAAAAUAACCUGGAAUAACACAUAUGGAACUUUUUAUUCCGAAUUUCCCAAGGAAAGUUCCGGGGCGCAGCUAGUUUCAAAAUAAAUCAACACAAACAAGAAAACUUUCAAUACAUUAAACCUAGAACCUCCGAGCAGGCGGGUUGGCCUCAAUACCGGCAAAUCUGCUAACAUUAAGUCAUGAUUGUACCACAAUGGUGUUUAAAUAGUAGUCCUUAUUAACAGUGCAAUAAGUACUACUAUUGAAUCAAGAUUUAGACACAAUUUUGAUUUAAAGUAGUAUUCAUACCCAGUGCCAUAGAAAAAUUAUACACGAUUCAUUUAAAUCAUUGUGAAACAUAGGUCAACAAUAAUAUGGUAUUAGUUAUUUGAAGUUCGCUAAGACCUACCAUUAGUGGUUACUACUUACUUAUUAAAAGUAACUAAAAAAAGCAAGAUUUAAAAAAAUAAAUAUUUUGUCACAGCACAAGAUUUAAAAGUAUUUCAGUUAUUGUACGUAUAUUUUGGGCGUAAAUUUUUGUCUAAAUAUGACUAACUUUAUUUCAAAGUAAGUCGACUUUUGUUUUAUUUCUCUUGACUUUUGUUUUAUCUCUAAACAAAAAAUUGGCUAGAAAAUACGAAUAAUAACGAACAUUAUUGAAAAAGUUUUUUUUUCCAAUUACUUUCAUACAUUAUUUUCAAAUAUAUGCAAUAUCUUAAGAUAUUGCAUAUAUUUGAUAACAUAUAUAUAAUAAUAACGUUGUAUAUUUCGUAAUUUUGACAAUUCAUAAGUAUACAAGUUUGAAUAUUACAUAACUUAUAAACAAGGAAGGUGUUUUGUUAUCCUUCUGUGAUGUAAUUAAAUAAGUAUUAAUGUUAUUGUGAUUUAUUUUUGUACAGAAUGUUGAUGGAAAUACAUAAAAGGAAAUAUUAUAAUUACAUAUUUUUAUUAUCACUCUGUACGAAUUUGUAUAUUUGACAGUGCACAAAGUGCGCACAUAUUUAAUAGUGUUUUAAAUAAAAUUGUCUUUACCUGUGUUAUAUGUGUUUUGUUCGUAUUCUUAAACUAGCGAUUCGACCCGGCUUCGCCAGGAUAAAACCAUUACUAAUUCAACAUAAACAUAAACCUUCCUCUUCAUCAAGUAACACGCAUCGAAAUUCGUUGCGUAGUUUUAAAGAUUUAAAGAGUUUGUUUUAUACUAUGUAGUGAUAGUUAACCUUAUCGUGGGAGUGCUACAUAAAGAAAACAUAUGUAUUGUAUGUAUUCCCUCAAUACCAAUAUGCUGUUAACUUUAUUAAUUAUAUAUUAAUUAUAUAAAUUAAUUACUAAAGUAGAUUUGAAAACAAUUGUUCAAUGUAAUUACACUAAAUAUAAAACUAUUGUAAAU